AUGGCUAUUGACGAUAAAUCUGCAAAUUCACAACCUUUACUAUUUGAACUUGAACCAAAACAUUUGGAUGAUUGUGCUAAUCCUCGACGUCAGUUGCAUAGAAUGCCUACAACAUUAACUGUUAGACGUUCCUUUGCUGUUUAUAAUAAUGGAGAAGUAGGAUUCAGUGUUGUGAAUAUUUCAAUAAGUGGCGCUCCUUGUGAAAAUCGUGGUUUUCGUGUUUUGAAUUGUGACAAGUUUAGUUAUACUCCUGACUUUUUAUUUUCCAUCAAUGAAGCAACACUUCAAGUUUUUAUGCAUAUGAACGGUACCCCUUGGUCAUAUAAUUUGGCUGCUGUUGUUCCAAAACAUUUACUUUCAAUGUGUCAUUCUGCAUUACCUCGCCCUCCUUUUGAAGCUCUAAUGUAUCAAACUUGUGUGCUAGCAUUAAUGUUUUGCCUUAUAUGCAUGAUAUCUUGUGCUUACCUGGAAGGCGAUCGUGUAGUUUUGUGUGCUUAUAAACAACAAUUUUUGCAAGGGCAACAAAAAUUAGUGUUUAAUUUAAACGAUACUGAUGACCAAAAAGUUGCUCAAGUUGAGGAUAUUGGGGUAGAAGUUGGAGAUUUUUACAGAAGAGAAUUUAGAAAAAUCUCGUCUGAUGCAGGAAUUAUUCAAAAAAUAUUUUGGCAUACUUUAAAUUUUGUGCUAAGAGUGUUUUCCUAUGUUUGGCCAUUUUUAAGAAGAGAAAACAACAGAAGAGAAAACACUUCUACAACAACAACAAUUAAAGUUUCACAACAACUGCCAUUAGUUGAUUUAAUAGAUGUUGUUGAUACAACAAACAUAAAAACAGAACAAAACACCCAACAAAACAACCAACAAAACAUCCAGCAACAACACUUUUGUUGA